AUGGCGCCAAAUUCCAGUCAAAUCGAGUGUUUUGAGUUAUUUAUGGUUGAUAUCAGUACAUCCAUGAAGAAACAUGAUGGUUUUUGGAACUUUUUUGGUAAGACUCGUUUCGAACUGGCGAAACAGAUUUUGAACGGCGUAUUGAAAGAUAGAAAACAAUCUAAAACAAUCAAUGUUGCUCUCUUAGUCUAUGAUACCAGUUCGGCGAAGCGUUUCGACUUUUGCCACAUCACAAACAAAGAGAUUCAAUAUGUUAAUGAGCUAAAACCAGCUGGACCAACCACAGCUACGUAUGAUGCGUAUAAAGAAUCUAUAGAUUAUUUGAAAAAAGAUGCUUCUCAAAGUGCUCAAGAACGACGGAUUAUCAUAAUUACAGAUGGCGGAGAUAACAACAGUAAUCCAGAAAACGUGAGCAAGUAUGCAAAUAUACAAAUUUCUCUGGAAAAACAGAAUUUCAUGCUGCGUACGAUCUUAUUGCAAACAUCAACAAACAGCAAUGGAUCGAAACAAUUGGCACAUGAACUCGGUUGGGAGUAUAAACAAAUACGCAAAGAUAAUGUUGAUCUUGUUACAAAGAGUUACCUUAUAGAUUAUCCGUCUGAAUACACUGGGAUGAAUCGUAGUGAACGAGAGAAAACCAAAAAUUUUCAAGCCACAAUGGAGAGGGCGCCAAUACCUCCACAAACGGCACCAAUUUUACACGAGCAUACAAGCAGUAAAACAACUAAUAUAGGGAAAAUUUUACUGACAGAAACGAUACUAGAAUGA